AUGGGCGUUUCAGGCCCGGCACAUACCACCCUGUCCAUUCAUCUCACACACCCACUCCACUCCCACGCACACGUACUCCACAUUGAACCUCAGCCUCAGCUCCACCUGCUCGCCCCUGCCCUCCCUCUGCCCUCCCUCUGCCCUCCAUCACCACCUUCCUCCCUUCUCCCCCACCAAGACAUCACUGAGCCCACCGCUGACGUUGUGCGCGUCGCCGCUGCAGCCAUGAGCUCCGGAGUCCGCAACUUGCGGGCUAUGUUCGAGAACGGCGGCGGUUCCUCUCCUGAGCCCCGCGGCCGCUCUGACAUAUCGCCCGCAACGCCAGAGAGUACCAGCCGGCCCACGUCCAAGGUGCGCGCCUCGUUUGUCGCCGUCGGUCCCACCAGCCAUCCCCCUCCCACCAGCGCCCCGACCGACUUGGGCGCCACAAAGGGCACCCCGACCAACAGCACCACCGCCCACCGCCGCGAAAGCUUCAGCGUGAGCCACGACAACGUCGAGGAGAUUGCCGAGCUCAAAAAGGUGGUCAGCGAAGAGCGCGAGCAGCGCAAGCAAAGCGUCGCCAUCCCAGAGGCCGUCCCAGAGCAAGCCGUUGCCUCGAGAGAGUCGUCAACAUCCGCGCCGCCCAUGCACGCAGAGCCCGCCGGGGAGAGGACGAAUCUGGGCUCAAUCAUGAAGGGUUCUAAUUUCCCAGAGAAUUCCUCCGAGUCGGUCGCACCCAAGGCCACGGAGGAGCCUGCCUCGACUGAAUUGAGCUCCGAUAAGACCCAGGUGUCGUCUGAGGCAUCGCCAGCCGACCUGCCCGCCGAGAACCCGGACAAGGUUGUGAGUGGAGCUCAGGAGGAUGUGUCUUCAAGACCAGCAGUGCCCACGGAUGAGCAUGCCCUCGCUGCAAAGGAGACGUCUGCGUCAGCGGCCGAGGUCGCUCCCGCUGCUGCCAGCAAGCCAAAAGAAGAGAAGGAGUCUCCCCUUCCUGAGAAGAUCGAGACUGUAAUCGCAAAGGUAGCCGAUGCCCCAGUCGCGAAGAAGGUUUCGACCCCCUUUUUGAAGAAGACCCAUACACCCGUGGCGCCAAAGGAAGAGACCCCUGCUACGAAGGCGGUCGAGGCCCCCGAGGCCGAGGAAGUCGACGUUCCAAAAGUAAAAGAGGCCAAUGUACCCGUGGAGCAACCGGUCGAAACUGCUGUCGAAAAAGUCUCCGAAGCACCCGUCGAGACGCAAGUCGAAGCCCCUGUUGAGCAGUCUGCCGAAAAGCCAACUGAAGCUCCUGCCGAAGAGGCCAGCGAAGCUCCUAUAGAGAAGGCAAUGGAGACACCAGUGGUAGAAGCUGAGGCACCAGCUGCAGAAAAGGCCGAGGUGCCUCCCGAGACUGUCCAGGAGCCGGGGCCGGUUGCGACCAAAACUGAGGAGCCCACUCCAGAAGUGACAGUGGAGGCGCCCGUCUCCGAAGAGAACGAGCCGGCCGAAGAGGAGAAAGCAGACGUUGCGCCAGCACAGGAAGAAGAUCCGUUCACUGACAACAAGUCUGAGCCUGCGCUUACUAAAAAGGCAGAGGCUGCUGCUACAAAGAAGAUGAAUGUUCCCGCCAGGAAGACCGAUGUGAAGAAGCCUACACCGAUAGGAACGGCCAAGGGGUCCGUCGCAUCAGCUGCCAAAAGCCCGCUUCCAAAAUCCAUGCCACCACCGAGAACACCCACUACUCCCAAGGCUUCAGUAAAAGCCCCGGCCCCACGACCGAGUCCUACAAAGGUGCAGCAGAAGCCUGCGGUUACAAAGGAACCAGCCAAGGAACCAGCUGCAAAGACGAACCGGGCUUCCCUUCGACCAACGGGCGCAUCUGCUACAACGUCAACGUCGGCAGCCCCCAAACCCAAGGCUGCUCCAACUGCUGAGCCCAAGAAGCCAGUCGCAUCAGCAACGGAGAGCAAGAAGUCUGUAGCAGCAAACCCUACUACUGCGAAGCCUGCCACCACUAAGCCGUCGACUGCUGCGCCCCGCGUGAGCACUUCACCAACCGGCUUUAAGAAGCCCCGUCCCAAGUCACCUACCCGUCCUGUCGGCCUGCCCUCUCGUCUUACCGCUCCCACUGCAGCGUCUGCUGCAAAACAUGGCGAAGAGGCAAAGGUCGCCAAGAAGCCAGCCACUACAACUCAUUCAGCACCAAAGCCUGCCUCUGCCAACCCAAAACGAGCCUCUCUCGUCCCCAGCAAUGUUCCCAAACGGCCCGAAUCACGCACAUCUACGACAAGUUCUUCGGCGCCCAAAGGAGGAUUUCUCGAGCGUAUGAUGCGCCCUACCGCCGCGAGUGCCAGUAAGACGCAUGCAAAGCCCGUCUCCCCCCCACCUAAAUCUACGGCCAAAGCUCCAGCCAGCGCUUUGCAGAAGGGCAAGAAAAAGGUUGAAGAGGUCGCUGCAAAGGCAAAGGCCGCAGCGACCAAUGGCAACCACGAUGACGAGCCACACAACGACGAGCAUCAUGAUGAACAUCACGAAGAUGCUACUGCGGGUGCUUCGGAGUCCCACGAGAAUCCUGUGGAAGCGAGUACCGCUGGUACUGACACUCCUGUUCAAGAGGGAGAUGCUUCUACUGCCGAGCUACAAACACCCCAUUUUGAAGGAGAGACGAUACGUUGA